AUGGCCGACACCAGCUCCAGUGAGGAAGAACAGUGUCAGACUCCCGGUCCGGAGUCAACCCCUUCGGUACCGUCGUCGCAGCUGCAAGUGGUCCACCGAGGUCCUGCACGGUGUCACGAGUGCUACAGCGACUGCGGCGAUUGCUUUCCUUGCUGCAAGGAUGCGGUGCACAAGUGCAAUUCGGAUCCCCUCAGUGGUGGCAGCAGGAUGCUACCCGGCAAAAACCUGCUGACCCGUUCGCUGCGCUAUCCAAUCGGGCCAGCUACUCGAAAAUGUGUGCUCACUCUGGAUGGGUACUCGUACGUAAUCGUGGCGAGCUCACCGGAGAACAAAUUUACCAAAGAUGAUCUAACUGCUGUAGCUUCCCGCGAACAAACUGCGUGCUACGAAGCCACGUGUCCGGGAUCCACGAACUACGGUGCUUGCGCUUCGUCAUCGCCUUUAGCGGCGUCAUCAUCGUCUGCUGCAGGGACACCGCCAAUACAACAACAUCAACAACAACAGUCAGAACAACAACAACAACUGAGGCCAUCGUCAGGCUCCAAUUGCCAUCCACUUCAUCAUCAUCAUCAUCACCAUCAUCAUCAUCAUUGCCAUCAGUCGCCCACGGCCACAACCACAAGCCCUGGGCCAUCACUAGCGGACUGCUGCUCACGUAAUGGACAAAUUGCAAAACAAGGCAGCCUGACGAUUGUACGGCGAACCAAUAGCAGAAAAACCACGCACACCCUGCAGCAGCAGCAACAAGAGCCACUUGAUUUCGACACAGACUAUCAAAGCCAGCAGCAGCAGGUGCAGCUACUAGAGGAGGGGGACGAACCGAAACAGCAACCACUCUCGGAAAGUGAACUCGCGUUCGUCAACAGCCAGCUAAACCGGGAGCUCGCGAGUAUGCAACCGACGGCCGGAUCCGGAUCCGGGUCGUCACCGUCUAGUGCUGUCGCCGUCGCGAACCGCGCCGAUCUUGCUACCGGGGAUGACAUGGACAAUGUUGACUUGGCCACCGAUAAUCUGCCGGCGGUCGAUACACCAGAUGCAUGUGAUAAAGCCGCUCUAAGACUGCGAUGUCUUUUGCGGCAAUUGCAGCGCGGUGAAAUAUCCGCAGAGUUGCUGCAGAAAAACCUUCACUACGCUGCCCGCGUACUCGAAGCAGUUUUUAUCGACGAGACAAAUCAGGACGAAGGUAGUGGUGGUAACGCUGGAAAUGGCAGCACGGGUGGCGGUGGUAGUGGUGGAGGUGGUGGUGGUAUUGGUAGUAAAGCUAACAGUAACAACGUCGGUGCCAUAGGAGAUAAUAGCAACGUCAGCAAUGUCGUCAGUAAGGAACCCCGGCGGGGCGUCACGACAUCGGCCCCGCCUACCCAUAGUGGCCCAACGGGACCACCGCUCGGGAAAACCAUCAUUCAGAGGCGAAAACUACGUGCACCGGUCUGGGCCAGGUCUCUGCGCCUGGCCGAUGAAGACGACGAACUGUCCGAGGUGCAGCCCGAUGCCGUUCCACCGGAGGUACGGGAAUGGUUGGCAUCGACCUUUACCCGGCAGCUCGCCACUACCCGGAAGCGGUCGGAUGAGAAGCCUAAAUUCCGCUCGGUGGCACACGCGAUCCGGGCGGGUAUUUUCGUCGAUCGAAUCUACCGGCGCAUUUCCAGCACGGCGCUGAUGCAGUUCCCGCCCGAGGUGGUCAAGGUGCUGAAGUGCUUGGACGACUGGUCGUUCGAUGUGUUUGCCCUGGCCGAAGCCGGCAACUGCCAGCCGGUGAAGUACCUCGGUUACGACCUGCUGAACCGGUACGGCACCAUUCACAAGUUCAAGAUACCGCCGGCCACACUGGAAACGUUCCUAUCGCGCAUCGAAGAAGGCUACUGCCGCUUCCGUAAUCCGUACCACAACAAUCUGCACGCGGCCGACGUUGCACAAACCGUACACCAUAUCCUCUGCCAGACGGGGAUGAUGCACUGGCUGACCGAUCUGGAGAUCUUCGCCACGUUGCUAGCGGCCUUAAUACACGACUAUGAGCACACGGGGACGACCAACAAUUUCCACGUGAUGUCUGGUUCGGACACAGCGAUGCUGUAUAAUGACCGUGCCGUGUUAGAGAACCAUCACAUCAGUGCGGCGUUUCGGGUGCUGAAAGAGGACGACUGCAACGUACUGCAGAAUCUCUCGAAAGAGGAAUAUCGCGAGUUGCGGUCGCUGAUCAUUGACAUGGUACUAGCGACCGAUAUGUCCUUCCACUUUCAGCAGCUGAAAAACAUGCGCAACCUGCUCACGCUGGCCGAGCCGCAGGUGGACAAGUCCAAGGCGCUCUCGCUGGUUUUGCACUGUUGUGAUAUUUCUCAUCCGGCCAAACGCUGGGACAUCCAUCACAAGUGGACGAUGCUACUGCUCGAGGAGUUCUUCCGGCAGGGCGAUCUCGAGCAGGAACUCGGGCUCCCCUUCAGUCCACUGUGCGAUCGUAACAACACGCUGGUGGCAGAAUCACAGAUCGGUUUUAUCGAAUUUAUCGUCGAGCCAAGCAUGGCUGUGUGUGCCGAUAUGUUAGAAAUAGUCUUAGCACCGAUAGCACCAAUCGCAAUGAAUAGUAGUAAUAGCAAAAACAACAAUAACAAUAAUACUAGCAUUAAAGGAAGUAAUACUCUAAGUGUACCAAGCAACAACAACAACAAUAACAACAACAACAGCAGCAGCACUAGUAAUCACGUGAAUGCAAGCAAUGAAGCAAUAAGCACUGGUGGCGGUGGAACAGGAGGAGGAAGCGAUAGUGGUACGGCAGGUGGAGGUACCGCCAUCGAACCGGCCGACAAGCCAAAAGCGAAACAGGAUGUUAAAAAUGGAGCAAAGCCAGAUCGAUUCGAAAUCAAGAAACCGUGGAUCACCUGUCUGGCAGAGAACAAAAAAAUCUGGAAAGAGCAGGCCCAGAGAGAUGCCGAAGCUCGUGCUGCUGCUGCGGAAGCUGCGGCAAAUGCUAGCCUGGAGGAUACGACGGCAGACGGUAACGACCCAAAUGCAGCCCAGGAGGCCACCCAGGAGGAGUAA